GUUGUUUUUCUCUCAAUGAAAUGGACUACUUUAUCGUCAGUGGUCUGCAGCUAUCUUCCUAUCAUUAAUCAACGUCUCAUCAUUGUUGCUACGAGCCGCGAGGCGGUUUAUCUGAAGUUCCGAGCAGCAGUCAGAGCCAUGCUGACUCUCGCUGGAUUGUUCUUGCUGGCUCACGUCUUCCUCGUCGCUGGCGGGCCGCCCACAGAACGCCCGUCCGUCCCCUGCGAUGAGAACGGGGCAGCGCUGGCGGCACAGGCAGCGUUCCAGCACAUCGGCGCCCAGCAUCACCACGGCUACAAAUACAAGCUCAAAAACUCAGCCUCCAGCCAAUUGCUAAAGAAGGAUGAUCUCGCCUGUGAAUUUCACUUGGAAUUGGAUCUGGAGGAGACCACAUGUCAUGUCCUGAACCCUAAACCCGUCGGGGAAUGUGCGGUCAGGGAGACGCACGAAACAAAAGUCGAAUCAAACUGCAAUGUGACCUUAACUGUGGCAGAAGGGAAGCCUACAGUGAAAAAAUACUCCUGUUCAUCCGAUCCUGCGUCGGCAGAGGAGUUACAGAAGAUUUGUCCCGACUGUCCGUCUCUGCUUCCCCUUCAUUACCCUGCUGGCCUGGACAGCAUCAAGAGUGCCCUCAAGAAAUUUCACGAAGAAUCCAAUGAAACCAGCUACUUCAAACUGCUGGAGGUCGGCAGGCUUUCUACACAGCACACAUUAACUGGGCAAUCCUACUUCGCUGAAUUUGCCAUUGUGGAGACCGACUGCCGGCCCCACGUCAUAUGCGAAGUGCUUGGCAGGGGCGAAGCCCACUACGGCUUCUGUAAGUCUACAUUGCUGGGAAACGAUGAAGUCAGUGUGGACUGUGAAAUCUAUGACGCCCAGAACUUGACUGAUGGCCGCCAUCAUCAUCAUCGUCACCACCGUCCUCACCAUCAUCAUCAUCAUCAUCAUCAUCAUCAUCCUGGAGGGAAGCACAAUGGCCAUCACUCCCACAAUUCCUCACAUGAACACCCUCAUCGCCGUCCUGGUUGGAGGCACAAUGAGCAUUCCUCCAAGAUGGACUUACACGAACAUCCUCGCCGUUCUCGUCCUGGUUGGAAGCACAAUGGCCAUCCUUCCCACAAUUCCUCACAUGAACACCCUCAUCGCCGUCCUGGUUGGAGGCACAAUGGCCAUCCUUCCCACAAUUCCUCACAUGAACACCCUCAUCGGCCACAUAAUCUGCCACCUUUCUUCUCUGGUUCUUCUGAACGCCGACAUCCAGACAUUGAGCUCCAUCACUGCCGGGGUCAAGUGAAAAUCCCCCCUUCCAUCCAUCCAAUUUGUCCCCAUCCAAUUCGGCACAUGCCCCCACCCCCUGUUGAAAAUAGCCACCCCGAUACCCUAGGCCCUCAAUCAAAACACCACUUUAAACCAGGUCCGCUAUCUAUUCCUGAUGUAUGAAAGAGCACAUUCAGGAAUUUCACAAAUACCACAUCUUGAAAUAAAUGUGCUACUUGGCUGAAAA